AUGAGUAGAAAAUUCGAAAAUCUUAAAGUUCAAACAUAGUUUGAUUUUGAUGCAAUCAUUUCCUAACUUGAUAAUGAAUCGCCUCUGGGUUAAAUAUACACAAAAAAAUUUUCAGGAAUUAAGAAUCUUGAAUUAUAUGAGAGUCCUGAUGAGUAGUAUGAAACACCUAAAGAUUCGUAUAACUCAUUAAGUGAAGACUUUAUUACUAGUAAAUAGAGUAAAAAAGAACUUUGA